UGCCUGCUGGGCGCCCUGGUGCUGAGCACGCUGGCGGGCAACGCGCUGGUGUGCCUGGCCGUGCUGCGCUUCCGACACCUGCGCGCCAAGGUCACCAACUGGUUCGUGCUGUCCCUGGCCGUCUCGGACCUCUGCGUUGCCCUUCUGGUGAUGCCCUGGAAGGCGGUCACUGAGGUGGCUGGCGGCUUAUUUUGUGACACCUGGGUGGCCUUUGACAUCAUGUGCUCCACCGCCUCCAUCCUCCACCUCUGCAUCAUCAGCCUGGACCGGUACUGGGCCAUUGCCAGCCCCUUCCGCUACGAGCGCAGGAUGACACAGCGCCUCGCCUGUGCCAUGAUAGCCGUGGCCUGGGCCCUCUCCAUCCUCAUCUCCUUUGUCCCAGUGCAACUACACUGGCAUAAAGCCAAGGACAGGAGAUACCCAGGCCCCCAGCUGCCUGGGAAGCCCCGCUGUGAUGUCAUCCUGAACCGCACUUACGCCAUCACCUCCUCCCUUAUCAGCUUCUAUAUCCCCGUGGCCAUCAUGAUCAUCACCUACACCAGGAUCUACCGAAUUGCCCAGGCCCAGAUCCGCCGCAUCUCCACCCUCGAGCGAGCAGGGGGACAGUGGCCAGCCCACAGCAAGGAGCCCACCUCCUCUUUGCGGAAUUCCCUGCGCAAGGAGACCAAGGUGCUGCAGACCCUCUCUAUCAUAAUGGGAGUAUUCGUUUGCUGCUGGCUGCCCUUCUUCCUGCUCAACUGUCUGCUGCCUUUCUGCCAGCCCAAGCUUGAGAGAGACCAUGAAGAACAGUCACCUUGCGUUGGCCAAACCACCUUCAACAUCUUUGUGUGGUUUGGCUGGGCCAACUCCUCAGUGAACCCAGUGAUCUAUGCUUUCAAUGCAGACUUCAGGCGGGCUUUCAGCAACCUCCUGGGUUGUCGGCGUUUCUGCUGUGGCACGCCCAGAGCCACUGUGGAGAGGGUCAACUUCAGCAAUGAGCUGGUUUCCUAUCACUAUGACACCACCUGCCAGAAGGAAGGAGCUGCCUCACUGUCAGUACCUGCCCCUGCUGUCACCGCCUGGGUGCAGCCAGUACCCCAUGCCAUAAGCCUUCAGGGAGAAAACAGCAGUGAGGAGAUAUCUAUGGAAAAGAGGCCUGUGGCUUCUCAGACACAGGCUGCUACUGGCAGCAGCCCCAAAAGUCAUCAAGUGCCAGCUACUUUGCAAUUGGAUUGCAAGGCAGAGCUAUCCCCGGAAACUACUCCCUGUACAGGGCUUGGUCCGUGCAAGGGACUCAAUCACCCCAUUCCAGAGGGAUAA